AUGGGUAAUGAAUCUCCUAUCGGAACUUCAAGUGUCACUUUCGAGUACACCCAUCAUUUACGAGAGACAGCACAAACGAAAGCACCAAAUAGAAGUAAGAUCAAUCCCAAGGGUUUGCCAGUUAUGGCGGUAGAGGCAAAUCAAGAAUGCUUGAAGUCAAAUGAAGACCUCCCUCUAGUCCUCGUGCAUCGUCUCCCAUCAAUCAACUUGCCACUGAAAGCCAUCCUACAGGCUCAUUUCCACCUCCUUGAUCCAGCUGAUUCACCUGAACCUGCUAGCUCCUUCCUGUCCAGCCAUGCACAACCUGUUAGAGCUCUCAUCUGUGUGGGCUACACUCCCAUCACCGCAGAAACUCUCAAUCUCCUUCCUUCUUUAGAGCUCAUCGUUGCAACUAGUGCUGGCGUUGACCACAUCGAUCUACAGGAAUGUCGCCGUCGAGGAAUUAUUAUGACUAAUGCUAGUACCGCAUUUGCAGAGGAUGCUGCAGACUAUGCGGUGGCGUUGUUGAUUGACGUUUGGCGUAGAAUAUCAGCUGCAGACCGAUUCCUUCAUGCCGGCUUGUGGCCUGUUAAGGGAGAUUAUCCACUAGGAUUCAAGCACUGCUUCAUUUUCUUUUGCUUUAGGGGGAAACGAAUUGGGAUAGUUGGACUUGGAAGUAUUGGAUUUGAAGUUGCAAAAAGACUCGAGGCUUUUGGUUGUUGCAUCGCCUACAAUUCGCGAAAGAAGAAGCCAUCUGUUCCAUUUUCUUACUAUGCCAAUGUCCUUGGCAUUGCAGCAGACAGUGAUGCUCUCAUUCUUUGUUCUUCACUGACGGAACAAACUCAUCAUAUGAUUAACAAGGAUGUGAUGACAGCGUUGGGAAAGAAAGGGGUGAUCAUUAACGUUGGACGUGGUGGUCUUAUUGAUGAAAAGGAAUUAGUGCAGUUUUUGUUGAGAGGAGAUAUCGGAGGUGCAGGUCUUGAUGUGUUUGAGAAUGAGCCUGAUGUGCCCAGAGAGCUACUUGAGCUGGACAAUGUCGUGUUGUCUCCACACCGUGCUAUUUUCACCCCAGAAUCAUUUGAAGCAGUAUAUGACCUAGUUUUCACAAACUUGAAAGCGUUCUUUUCAAAUAAACCUUUGCAAUCAGUCUUUCAGUACUGA